AUGGCUCCUUGUCUCCUGCUCUCCUCCAGGCACUCUCAGCAUUCGUAUCCUCCUCCCUUUGUCUUCGUCCAUGACCCAGACAACCCUCGGUUGACGGCCGCCAGGCCUCUUGAAAGUACCCAACUGAGAUACGCUUGCGUCAAUGCUGUCGCUUGCUUCACGCCUCGCCUUCUCUUUGACACCGCACUCAAUGCACUUGCUGGCUGGGUUCCAGACUGGCACACUGGUGCCCAGAACUGGCUCGGAGCAGGCGACGGCGAAGGGCGUGGGGGAGGCGACGUGGGUAAGGGCAAGACGCGAGCAAGCGAGCACGCGCACCCCGCCCGGAUGGUGUUGAUGGUCGAACGCGCGGAGCGCUUGAAAGACAGUCUGCCCGAUCUACUCUCUCACGUCGAUAUCAUUACCAUUUUUGUGUCUGACGUUCAGUGGCAAGACAUCCGUCCACCGAUGCGGGCAGCACCAGAACCAUAUUAUCUGGACGUCCCAUCCCUUUCCAAAGAAUCCACUCAAGAACUCCUCGCCGACUGUUAUCCGUCCCUAUCUGAUCAUCCCUCCUCGUCCAAGCAAAUCGACCACCGUGUGUUCGACCCCGUCUUCCAACCUCUAUACCACCGCUUCGUCGCCACCCUUCAUAACGUUUGCAGCCUCUUCGUGCGCGAUCCUCUCGAGCUCGCAUACAUUGCAUCCGCCCGCUGGCCAAAUCGAUUACGGCGACGCCUCGGUACUCCUACCGAGGACGCCAUCCUCCGCCUCACUCGCCUCUUCGCGCCCUCGCUCACCGCCGCCCUCGACGCGCUCUACCCCCGGCUCUCCACCGCCGCGCACUGGGCCCGCGCACACACGCCCCCACCGAACCUCCUCGCCCUGCAUCCUCGCCGCGCUCCGGACGCGCUCGCCGCCCACGCUGCCACACUGGCCGCCUCGUCAGCAGGUGGGCCUGGCACGAACCCGGCGCGGAGCGACCUGCGCAUGUUCGGGCGCGGCCCGGACGAGCGAGCGAAGCGCCGCCGCCGCCGUGGAGGUACCCCACGCAGGCCGAAGCCGGGGGCCCCGACCACCGCGGCGAAGGUGCCCCAGCGGCUGCUGGGCCCGACGGCGUUCCCGCUCGACCGGCUGCUGGCGGUUCUGGGCGCGUUGCUGGAAGAGAACGACUCGGAGACGAGGCUGAGCGCGCCGCAGUAUCGGCUUCCUGGGGAGUACACGGAGAUGGAAUUGGCUCGGACGGCAUUGUACGCCAAUAUCGUGGAGCUGUCCAGCAUGCGUCUGCUUGUGCGGACGUCGCCUGCAGACUCUUUGGAUAGGGUGCAGACGUUCAAGUGCGGCAUUGGAUUCGACCUCGCUGUGAAGUUGGCGCGUAGUGUCAACAUUAUACUCGCCGAUCUCAUAUACGAGGUUGUGUAG